GGGUGACCAGCGAAGCAUACGGCACGCGGGAGGGUGCACCGACUCCACAAAGAUCGUCGCCCUCCGGUAGCACACACAUCGACGCAGACAGCUGGCUGGCCAGCAGCAGCAGAAGCAGCAUGGACCGCCGGUGGCGCAGUGGUUCCUGGAUUGCGUGGUUCGCCCUGGCCACCGCUGUUGGAGGCGCCGGCAGGGCAGACGGACUCGCGCGCUUCGCGCAUCGGAGAAGCGACGCCAUGGACAUUGCGCUGAGGCAGAUCAACCUCUCCCUUCUCUACACACUAGCCUGCGAUACAGCCGUGAGCAGUGAAGUCCAAGUCAAGAGGUUUCAGUGCCUGCUCAACAACAUCGAUCCGGCGGACAAAGUGGUGGUGCUCGGUUGCCAGUACAACGUGGGCGGCACCAUGGACGCUGCCACGUUCCUCACCGCAUUGUGCUGAAAACAAGCUGCCGUGCACAAAGCUGAGAGCGUGCAUGGCUUCAGAAAGGUCGAAGAACAUGCGACCGCAGAAGCCUCCGACCCUUCCGGAGGCCGAGAACCCGAUCCAGGCCGGUGUGUCUGGACCAGAACAGGCCGGCAUGGUUGUGCCCGAGGGGACAACGAGCACGGCCGCACCGUCGACGAGUGGUCCGACGGCGGCGCCUCCCGAAGAGGUCUCGACCGUGUCGGUUGUCGCGGCGACUCCUUCGACGUCACCGGCACCGCCGUCAGAAGGAGCGGAUCCGCCUGCGGUUAAGCCUGGCGACGACGAAGGCAGCCGCGAGGACGAGCCGUCCUUUCCCGUGGUCACUACAGCGGAGUCGAAGCCACCGCCGGAGCCGACGCCGGCACCCGUCGAAGUCCAGCCUCCGCCGGACGACCCGCUGCCAGCGACGCCCGAGGAAGUACCGGGUGGAGAUGAGAUGAGCUUCUACCCGUGCCUGUGCGCACGCAAGGCCAAGUACCGAGGCCUGCUCUGGAAGCCACGCAUGAACAGCCGCCGAACGAGGGCCAUCACGUGGAAGGACUACAACUUCAUCUUUCCACUCAGCGUCGUCAGGGAAUGUCUCGUUGCAAGCUACUAGAGACGGCAGCCUACCAACAUCCAGCGCAACUUCUGCUGACGCAGAAUGGAACUGCUUCCAAGCAAAGAGCA